AUGGUCGUCUACUCGUUUUACAUCUUUGAUCGCCACGGCAAGAAUCCUAUCUUCAUUGCAAUUACUCAGCUGACUGUUUCUAGCGGAAUGCAUCUACAAACGCCGCUGGCUACCGCGCCCGGCCUCCAUCCACCGACCGCCCUCGGCCAAACAGUGCGAUCGACAGACGACGAUUCGAAAUUGGUAUUUGGAACGGUCUUUUCACUGCGGAACAUGGUGCGCAAGCUAGGCGGAGACGAUGACAGCCAGUACAAAUUGCACUAUUACGAGACGCCGACGAAUACCAAGUUCGUCAUGCUGACGGAUCUGAAGAGUCCCAGUAUGCGCAUUGCACUGCAACAGAUUUACAUCAAUCUCUUUGUGGAAUAUGUGGUUAAGAACCCCCUCUCUCCGACCGAGCAUACUGGCGGUGUGGGUGUCAACAAUGAGCUUUUCGAGCAGUCAUUGGAACAGUUCGUGACUCAAGUUUUGUCAUGA